CUCAGGUGACCCCACACCACAAUUCCCACGCCAUUGAUUAGUUGCUUUUAAGUUACUCUAUAAAAACGGGCUAGAUCCCUUGGCUCUCCAUGGUCUCUCCAUAUACGAGUAUCUCGCUACUUUAAUUCCUUGGUUCGAUCUGGUUGAGCUCCUUGGACUGGUUUUUUACUGCUCGAGCCGGUUUCGCCAAGUUUGCUGCGUCAAAGGCGCAAGAGGGAAGGGGUAUUAUAAAUACGAUUCUCCCUCUUUCUUUUGGUUCCCUCUCUCCCCACCACCACACCCGAGUCGAAGACGAUUCUCCCUCUUUCUUUUGGUUCCCUCUCUCCCCACCACCACACCCGAGUCGAAGACGAUCCCACUGAGUCGGGCCGCAGCUAUCUUCUACACACCUCUCCUCGUUGCGUCUGAGGCGACUCCGAAGCGAUUCGGCGGAGCUUCGCCUCUCUCGAUCGAUCGCCAUUGAGGAAUCGGAAGCUUCGAGCGAGGAGUAGAGGGAGACGAGGGGGGAGAUCGGAUCGGAUCGGAUCGAAGAGAUCGGAGCCGAGGAAGGUGCGUUAAUGGUGAGAGAAGGGGAGGAGGAGAGGAGAGGGACGAGGCUGGGGAAGUAUGAGAUCGGGAGGACGCUCGGGGAGGGGAACUUCGCGAAGGUGAAGUACGCUCAGCACACGGAGACGGGGCAACCCUACGCCGUUAAGAUCCUCGAUCGGAAGCGGAUCCUCUCCCUGAAGAUCGACGAUCAGAUAAAGAGGGAGAUCGGGACGUUGAAGCUUCUCAAGCAUCCCAACGUCGUACGGUUACAUGAGGUCCGUUCUUAUCUCCGUUAAUCUUCUUCUUAUUGUUGUUUAAUUAGUUCAUUUUAAAUCCCCUCUUUAAUUUGAUGUAUAUUUGCGUAAUCUAGCU